AUGUCAGUAGUACUCAAAGUGAGCGUGAUUCAAGGAGCGGAAUUGCAGAGCAAGGAUUUUAGCGGAACAUCAGAUCCCUAUGUAGUGGUAUCCAUCAAUCCGAAUGAUUCCUUGAUAAAACUUCCACAAUUAUUUUCCAAAGUCUCGGAACAAAAAACAAGAGUGAUUUACAAAAAUUUGGAACCCGAAUGGAAUGAAGAAUUUGUUUUUGAAAAUGUCACACCAAAAGACGUCAUUCGUUUCAGUGUUUUUGAUAAAAACAAACUCAUGAUGGAUGUUGCCAUGGGAUGUGUCGAAAAAACAGUUCAAGACUUUUUGAACAUGAAAAAGAAUUCUCAAGAUCCAUUUUGGGUGGAUUUGGAACAAACUAAAUUUGGAAAGAUUAAAAUUAAUGUAACUCUGUCGGGAGAUGGUAAAAAUUCUGCUUCAUCCUCUCCUUCCACACCAGUCUCCUCUUCUCCUGGAGUGAAUCAGACAAAAUCGAACACAAAUGCUGGAACUUCGACUGAAGAGACAGUUGACGCUCAUGUUGACAAGUUCAAAAAGCAAGUCGCUGAUGUUGAAAGAAGAAUUCUUGGUGAGCUCAAUGAAAAUAUUAACAAAUUUGAAGAAAUUUCUCAAAAAUAUGCAUCCGAGCCCAAUGUUAAACAAUUAGAAGGAAUUGCCAAACAAGUGAGAGAUCAAAUCACCGUCACCAACAACAUUUCACAAAAAAUUCAACAAUCUAUUCAAGAAAUUACUCUCGAAACAGAAGGUAUCAAACAAACCAUGGGUGAUAAUGCUGUCACACGAUUACGAGAACAACAACAACAAAAACUUGUCUCUCUUUUUAUGCAACAUGUGGAUCGAUUUUAUGAGUGUCAAGAAAAAUGCAAGCGUGACAAGGUUGAUCGUGUGAAACGACAAUACAAAAUCAUUGCAAAAUGCAAUCCAAAAGGAACUGUUCAAGAAUUUACUGAACAAGAAAUUGAACAAAUGGCUCUCGAAGAUAAGCUUCAAUUUCAAGAUUUAAUUUCAAAUCAUUUUCAUCUCACACAAAGUCAGGAACAAACAUUGGAUGUGGAAUUAAAAUUGGCACAAGAAACUCAUGAAGAUAUCAAACAAUUAUACCAUUCCAUGUUACAAUUGAAUCAAUUAUUUCAAGAUUUUGCAUUACUCGUUGAACAGCAAGAUGAAUUAUUGGAUACGAUUGAAUUCAAUGUAGCAAGUGCAAAAGAAAGUGUCAUUAAUGGUGUGAAAAAUAUUAAGGAUAGUAACAAAUUGAGACAAUACAUGUCACCAUUAGGUUUGAUGAGAAAAGUCACUGGAUUAUAA